AUACAACCGGCCAGGCCAAGCUGAGCAUCUCGCCUCAGUCGGAUGCAGUGCCAGCACAGAGUGACACACCUUCAGAGGCUCUUCCGGUGCCAGCACAGAGUGACACACCUUCAGAGGUUCUUCCGGUGCCUGCGAAGAAGCACAUUGAAGUGGUUCGGUCGUCCAAGCUGCGCCAUGUGCUUGGGAAAGCGCUGCACAGGAACUUCAACAUUGAGGGUGUGCGAGAUGUGAACACCAAUGUAUCGGUCGACUCACACUUGUGCGCUGCUAACGGCGUGUACGUCGCCUAUCCCACAACGGGCAGUGGUGGCAGCAUUGCAG